AAAUGUCUAAAUGAAAUUGUAAAUAAACAGUGUAGCAAGAAAUACGAUUAUUAUUGAAUCAUGUAAUAUAUAUUAGAUUCCAGUUUAUCACACAAUGGAUAUUAGCAACCGCAAUAAGCAUGAACACAGAUGACCCGCGGCAACCCUUGUUAGGGAGACGUAAAAGAUGGCGGAAUACAGCGGGUAAGUUUUGCAACAUGGAAUCAUGGAGACGAAGGUUCCCGAUAUCCAUAUGGUUGCCGAAUUAUUGCUUGGAGUAUUUGCUAAGAGAUGCCAUAGCAGGUAUAACAGUUGGUCUCACAUCGAUACCGCAGGGGAUAGCGUAUGCUAUGUUAGCUGGCCUACCACCUCAGGUCGGACUUUAUUCAAGUAUAUUUCCGGGUAUAGUUUACGCCAUAUUAGGUAGUUGUAAGGAUGUGACAGUUGGUCCAACGGCCAUAUUAGCCGCACUUUUGGCCAAAUAUGUGGCCAAGUCUCCAGAUUUCGCUUACCUCGCGACAUUCUUAUCGGGAUGUCUUAUUCUAUUGCUGGGAGUAUUACAGUUAGGGUUUCUUUUAGACUUCAUAUCAAAGCCAGUCAUAAGUGGUUUCACGACGGCCGCGGCGCUGCAAAUAUCGGCGAGUCAACUCAAAUCAUUGUUUCAUAUAACAGGUGCUUCCGGUGGUACAUUCAUAAAGGCAUUGAUAAAUUUCUUCAAUAACAUAAAGACAGUAAAAUUGUGGGAUACUGUAUUGGGAAUAUCAACUAUUAUCGCCUUGCUCUUGUUAAAGCGUGCUACGAUACCAACAUCAUCUACCGACGGUCGAGUUCGGGUGGUGUUGGCUAACAUUUGGCUAUACGUGGUCCGUGCCAGGAACGCGUUGGUCGUCUUCGUUGGCUUGAUACUGGCCUAUGUGCUAUCUCUAGAAGGCAUUACCCCAUUCGCACUUACAGGCACGAUUCAUGGUGGUCUACCACAUUUCGGACCACCGCCGUUCUCAACAACAGUGGACAACAAAACUCUAAACUUCGAACAUAUGCUACAAGUGUUCGGACCUGAAGGCUUUGCUAUGCCACUCGUCGCCAUAUUGGAAAGCAUCGCCAUUGCGAAGGCCUUUGCGGGCAGCACACCAGUAGACGCGACUCAAGAAAUGAUAGCCAUCGGCGCCUGCAACAUGUUGUCGUCGUUCGCCCAGAGCAUGCCGGUCACCGGCUCCUUCACUCGCACCGCGCUCAACCACGCCAGCGGCGUGAUCACUCCCGCCGGCUCGCUGUUUAAAGCAAGUCUCGUUCUCCUCUCCGUGACGCUGCUGGCGGAGGCGUUCUACUUCAUCCCGCGCGCCACGUUAGCGGGAAUCAUCAUGGUGGCGAUGAUGUCUAUCAUCGAUUUCACCAUUGUUAAAAAAUUGUGGAUGAAUAACAAGCCCGAGCUAGCGGUGUGGUUGCUGACUCUAUGUGUGGGUGUAUCUGCGGGGCUGGAGUACGGCAUCGCGGCCGGCGCCGGCGCAGACGCGCUGCGCGCUCUCGCCACUGCGGCUAGGCCUCGGCUCUACUCGCAACACUUCAAGGUGGGCAACCAAGACUGCGUGUCGCUGUCUCUGCAGGGCACGCUGAGCUACGCGUGCGCCGAGCACGUACCUCGCGAGGUGCGUGCUCGCGCCGCGCACGUGCGCGUGCUCGUGCUCGACGCGAAGCACUUACGCGCUGCUGAUUUCGGCGUAUUCGAAAAUCUUGUCACAGUGAUAUUAGACUUAGAGAAACAAAAGUACCGGAUCCUUUUGUGGAAUUUCGAUUUGAAGCAUCAGAAGUUGUUAGAAGAUAUGCAUUCCGGGAUUUCUACUAGAUUCGUGUCCGGACCCAGCAUCGACCAGUUCAUAUUAGAUUUAAACACAGAAGGGAUGUCGGUUUAGUUAUAUAAUAUGUAAAGAGAUAAUUUUCUUGCUAAUUGAAAAAGGAAACCCUCGUGAGGAAGCGUGUGUUUGAUCGUAGUCUGCCUCAUUUUUAUCCAGCAAUUCUUGUGCAACGUGGUAACAACAAGCUCUUAGUCCAGGGAAGGAGGCCUUAGUCCAGGGACAGUUAAGAAAUGUUACUAUUGUCUAUAAUGUAACCCAUUGAAAAAUAAAAAU